AGGCGGCACCCGCGCUAAGCGGCGCGGUGCGGCACGGCAAGAUGGCGGACAAAGAGAAGAAGAAGAAGGAGAGCAUCUUGGACCUGUCGAAGUACAUCGACAAGACGAUCCGGGUGAAGUUUCAGGGAGGCCGUGAAGCCAGUGGAAUCCUGAAAGGGUUUGACCCACUCCUCAACCUCGUGCUUGAUGGCACCAUCGAAUACAUGAGAGACCCUGACGACCAGUACAAACUCACAGAGGACACCCGCCAGCUGGGCCUGGUGGUGUGCAGGGGCACCUCCGUGGUGCUCAUCUGCCCGCAGGAUGGCAUGGAGGCCAUCCCCAACCCCUUCAUCCAGCAGCAGGAGGCCUAGCAGGCAGGGAGGGUGCAGGCAGGGACGCCCUCAGACUCCAAGCUGUCCCUCCUGCCUUACGUGCUGCCCACGGAAAAGGAACUUUUUUUUUGUAUAGGUUAUUUUUUGUUUUUUUUAAUAAAAUUGCAUACCUCUUAUUUCCAGGAGCCCCAGAAUCUUGCUUUCAGCCUUGAUUCUGGCAAAGCCUGGUCACAGGGAUUCAGUUCAGCCAAGUUGUCGAGCACCAGCUGUGGUCCAUUAUGGCAACCGGAGCUUUCCAAGAUGAC